GGGACGGCACAGAGCUCCGGCACUACUCCACUCUACUCUACAAAGAUCCUACUCCACUCUACUCUACAAAGAUCCUACUCCACUCUACAGAAAUCAUAUUCUUCUCUGAUCUACCCAGCUCCUGUUGAUUAUAUCUGACGGUGUGUCUGCAAGAGGUACGGCUCAGGAUCACUGGUCUCCACCAACCUCUGUCCUCCGACCCAGCCCAUCUCCACUCAUCCCACCAGGUCAUCACUCCUCUACGGCCCGGUCCCAUCUCCAAUCAUCCCACCAGGUCACCACACCUCUACGGCCCGGUCCCAUCUCCAAUCAUCCCACCAGGUCACCACACCUCUACGACCCGGUCCAAUCCACCCUCCACCAUUCCAUCAGUCUCUGAGGUGAAGACCCUUAUGCGAAGCAGCUAGGACCCUCUUCCUCAGUACUGACAGCCAUCACCAUCUGUAGCACAAAAAGGUGUGUGCCAGUGACCAGUGAGCAGUAGUGAUGGGGGACUGGAGUCUCCUAGGGAACUUCCUGGAGGAGGUUCAGGAACAUUCCACGUCAGUGGGGAAGGUGUGGCUCACCGUCCUCUUCAUCUUCAGGAUCCUGGUCCUGGGCACGGCCGCAGAGUCCUCCUGGGGAGACGAGCAGAGUGACUUCCUGUGCGACACCCAGCAGCCCGGUUGUACCAACGUCUGUUAUGACCAGGCAUUUCCUAUUGCACACAUCCGCUACUGGGUCCUACAGAUCAUCUUCGUAUCCACGCCAUCACUGAUCUACAUGGGCCACGCCAUGCACAUCGUGCGGAGGGAUGAGAAACGAAGGAGGAGGGAGCAGGAGAAGAGGGAGGAGAUGGAGGAGAGAGGAGAGGGGGGGUGCGUAUCAGGGGAGAAGGCAUACCUCCAGCAGAGGGAUUGUGGGAAGGUGCUGGAGGCGUCAGGGCAGGUUCGACUGCGGGGAGCGCUGUUAUCUACAUACAUUCUGAGCAUUCUGAUCCGCACAGUGAUGGAGGUGACCUUCAUCGUGGUCCAAUACAUGAUCUAUGGAGUCUUCCUCAGGGCUCUGUAUCAUUGCAAGGCCUGGCCCUGUCCCAACCCAGUCAACUGCUACAUGUCCAGGCCCACAGAGAAGAACGUGUUCAUCGUCUUCAUGCUGGUGGUGUCUGGUGUCUCCCUGCUCCUCUCUGUAGUUGAGCUCUACCACCUGGCCUACAGGCGUAUCAGGAAGUGCAAGCGUACCCACGCCGCCCUCAAGAACCGCACUCAUAACGCUGUGGCCAUUGCCGUUACCAGGGACCCGGACACCCCGCCCCAUCACAACUCCCCGGGCUGCACCCCUCCCCCUGACUUCAGCCAGUGCCUGGCAUCGUCGGAUACGAUGAACCCUAUGAACCCCAUGACCACCAUGCCUUCUCACCCCUUCAACAACAGGAUGGCACACCAGCAGAACUCCGUCAACAUGGCCACCGAGCGCCAUCAUUCCCAUGACGACCUGGAAGGGGAGGGAGGAUUCCUGAGAAUGAGCUAUACCCAGAUGCCAGGGGAGAUGCCCAACGGGUGCUCCGCGCCAACCCUGCUGCACGCCAGCUACCUGAAAGACAAACGCCGCUUCAGCAAGACCAGCGGUACCAGCAGCCGGGUCCGACCAGAUGACUUGGCCGUGUAGAACUAGACAGACAAAGAACGAGAGAGGGGCUGAGAAAGAGAGGAGGGAGCAGACAGGACUUUCAGACACAACAGGAGAGAGGCCCUGCCUAGAGGAGAUUGGAGCAGGCUGGGUCUAUAGACCCAGAGACUGAACUGGAGCAGGUACUCUACCGGUCAAAAGUUUUAGAACACCUACUAAUUCAAGGGUUUCUCUUUAUUUUCUACAUUAUAGUAUAAUAGUGAAGCAUUCAAAACUAUGGAAUAACACAUAUGGAAUCAUGUAGUAACCAAAAAAGUGUUAAACAAAUCCAAAUAUAUUUUAUAUUUGAGAUUAUUCAAAUAGCCACCAUUUACCUUGAUGACAGCUUUGCACACUCUUGGCAUUCUCUCAACCAGCUUCACCUGGAAUGCUUUUCCAACAAUCUUGAAGGAGUUCCCACAUAUGCUGAGCACUUGUUGGCUGCGUUUCCUUAACUCUGCCGUCCUACUCAUCCCAAACCAUUUCAAUUUGGUUGAGGUCGGGGGAUUGUGGAGGCCAGGUGAUCUGAUGCAGCACUCCAUCACUUUCCUUCUUGGCAAUUGGGUCAUUGUCCUGUUGAAAAACAAAUGAUAGUCCCACGAAGCCCAAACCAGAUGGGAUGGCAUAUGCCUUGAGAAUUCAAGUGUGCCUUUAGAAUUCAAGUGUGCCUUGAAUUAUAAAUAAAUCACAGACAGUGUGACCAGCAAAGCACCGCCACACUAUAACACCUCCUCCAUGCUUCACGGUGGGAAAUACAAAUACGGAGAUCAUCCGUUCACCUAUUCUGCGUCUCGCAAAGACACAGUGGUUGGAACCAAAAUCUCCAAUUUGGACUCAUGACCAAAGUACAGAUUUCCACCCGUCUAAUGUCAAUUGCUUGUGUAUCUUGGCCCAAGCAAGUCUCUUCUUCUUAUCGGUGUCCUUUAGUAGUGGUUUCUUUGCAGCAAUUUGACCAUGAAGGCCUGAUUCACACAGUCUCCUCUCAACAGUUGUUGUUGAGAUAUGUCUGUUACUUGAACUCUGUGAAGCAUUUAUUUGGACUGCAAUUUCUGAGGCUGGUAACUCUAAUGAACGUAUCCUCUCCAGCACAGGUAACUCUGGGUCUUCCAUUUCCGUGGCGAUCCUCAUGAGAGAAACGACAGUUUCUUGAUGGUUUUUUUUUUGCGACUUUCAAAAUUCUUGAAAUGUUCCAUAUUGACUGACCUUCAUGUCCUAAAGUAAUGACGGACUGUCGUUUCUCUUUGCUUAUUUGAGCUGUUCUUGCCAUAAUAUGGACUUUGGUCUUUUCCAAAUAUGGAUAUCUUCUGUAUACCUCCCCUACCUUGUCACAACACAACUGAUUGGCUAUAACACACUAAGAAGGAAAAAACUCCACAAAUGUACUUUUAAGAGGGCACAUUUGUUAAUUGAAAUGCAUUCCAGGUGAGUAGCUCAUGAAGCUGGUUGAGAGAAUGCCAAGUCUGUGCAAAGCUGUUAUCAAGGCAAAGGGUAGCUAUUUGCAGAAUCUCAAAUAUUAUAUAUUUGGAUUUGUUUAACACUUUUUUGGUUACUACAUGAUUCCAUAUGUGCUAUUUCAUAGUAUUGAUGUCUUCACUAUUAUUCUACAAUGUAGAAAAUAGUAAAAAUAAAGAAAAACCAUUGAAUUAGUAGGUGUUCUAAAACUUUUGACCGGUAGUGUAAUACAGACUGGGGCUAAAGAUGGAUGUGUUGGCAAACUCCAAGUUGAUCCAUUCAGAAGGCACCAGGCUGGCCGUACAAACCCAGGAGCAGCAUCCCAAAAUGGGGGAAACUGUGGAGGAUUGUCUCGUGUACAGCUCCAAGAGCAUCACAGGAAGAGAGACCUUGGGGUGUGUAAGCUCACUGGGAGUGGGUUGAGUGGACCUUGAGAGCUUCCGCAUAUUGGACUGAGCUUUAAGAUUGUGACCGUUGGGAGAACUGAUGUUUUUUGUUAGAGCAAUAAGAGCCUGGCCAAGCUUGAAACAUGGACAUGAUAACUAUGAUCAAAUAUUGAUCUUGAUGCAAAAGAGAAAUACACCUUUUAAAUCACAAUUUGGGAAAAGCCUUGAAAUAACAGAUAAUUGCACAUUGUAUGUUUUGAUGUUUUAUAGAUCAGAUAAUUACAGUAGAUCUUUCUUUAAAGUCUAAGAAUAGUGUACAUUAAGCUUGCAUAUUCAGUGUGCCAAAAACUGUCCCACUGUAUACCCAGCUGCUGAUUAUAAUAAUACAAACAUGUACAUGCUUGCAAAUGGAACACACAGAGACGCGCACACGCCCACACACACACUGCUGUCAGAGGAAGAAAAAACCCUACAUUCUUGGGUCUGACCAAAGAGUGUUGUCCCCUGAUCCCUGCGAUCCAGUGACGGAGGCUAUCUGCAGCAGUUUGGAAAGUGAAAUUGGGACACAGAUCUCUGCAAUGCAAUCCAUUGUGCACUAUAUCAGCUUCAAAUAUAGCAGGAGCAACUGUUUUCUCUGUGUUUAAUCCUGAUUGCAGACACUGCAUUCGGAAAGUAUUCAGACCCCUUACAUUUUUUCCACAUUGUGUUACGUCUAAAAUUGAUUAAAUAGUUUUUUCCCCUCAUCAAUCUAUGCACAAUACCCCAUAAUGACAAAGCAAAAACAGGUUUUUCAAUGUUUUUGCAACCAUUUUAUUUAAUGAAAUAUUACAUUUCAGACCUUUUUAUUAUUCAGACCCUUUACUCAGUACUUUGUUGAAGCACCUUUGGAUGCGAUUACAGCUUCAAGUCUUCUUGGAUACGAUGCUAAAAGCUUGGCACACCUGUAUUUGGGGAGUUUCUCCUAUUCUUCUCUGCAGAUCCUCUCAAUCUCUGUCAGGUUGGAUGGGGAACAUCGCUGCACAGCUAUUUUCAGGACUCUUCAGAGCUGUUCGAUCGGGUUCAAGUCUGGGCUCUGGAUGGGCCACUCAAGGACAUUUAGAGACUUGUCCCGAAACCAAUCCUGUGUUAUCUUGGCUUUGUCUUUAGGGGCUUUGUCCUGUUGGAAGGAGAACCUUCACCUCAGCCUGAGGUUCUGAGCGCUCUGGAGCAGCUUUUUCUUCAAGGAUCUGUCUGUACUUUGUUCCGUUCAUCUAUCCCUCGACCCUGACUAGUCUCCCAGUCGUCCCUGUCGCUGAAAAACACCCCCACAGCAUGAUGUGGCCACCACCAUGCUUCACUGUAGUGAUGGUGCCAGGUUACCUCCAGUGACACUUCAGGCCAAAGAGAAUCUCAUGGUCUUAGAGUCUUUUAGGUGGCUUUUGGCAAACUCCAAUGUGAUUAUGGGGUAUUGUAUGUAGAUUGAUGAGGGAAAGAAAAUAUGUCAUCAAUUUUAGAAUAAGGCUGAAACGUAUCAAAAUGUGGAAAAAGUAAAGAGGUCUGAAUACUUUCCGAAUGCACCGUAAACAGUAACAUAGCACAAGCAUUGUCUUCCAGUCAGAAAUCAGAACAGGGGACAGCUGUGCAAAAAAAGAAAAGUGUUUUCUCCAUUCAACAGACUCCAAUCAUUACAGAGGGUUUUAUGCGCUCAGGUACAGAUAGUGAGGAACUAUGCAAAAGUAAUUAAGUGCCUAUGAAAAGUGAAUUCACAAAAGGAUCAAAGUCACAAACGUUCAGCUCCAUGUUAGAUUUGAGAAAAUGUCCUGAUGUGAAAGAACAGUGUGUUCAAAAGCCAUAUAUGAAAACAAAUCAUUUAGCUUGAAUCAAGGCAAGGCACAAGCUUGAAAAGUUGAUUGCCCUUCAGUAUAUCUGCAUGUUUCAGGUUUUUUUUUUACCCACGAGGUGGAGACAUUUCCCCCUGAGCCUUUAAAAUACAGUGUAAUUCCUUUCUUACAACAAAAUUACAGGUAUGUUCCAAAAUGUGUGGGGCCACCACGAGCCAGAACAGCUUCAAUGCACCUCAGCAUAGAUUCUACAAGUGUCUGGAACUCUGUUGGAGGGAUGCUACACCCUUCUUUCACAAGAAAUUCCAUGAUUUGGUGUUUUGUUGAUGGUGGUAGAAAACACUGUUUCUGGCACUGCUCCAGAAUCUCCCAUAAGUGUUCAAUUGGGUUGAGAUCUGGUGACGGCAUAGCCAUGGUAGCCAAAAUAAUUCCCUGCCCAGCAUUUUUAUACUUGACCAUAAGGAUGAUGGGAUGUUAAUUGCUUAAACUCAGGAACAACACCUGUGUGGAAACACCUGCUUUCAAUAUACUUUGUAUCAAUCAUUUACUUGUGUUUCCAUUAUUUUGUCAGUUAUCUAUACUUUAAUGUGACUGUGUGAAACAGUUGAUUGAUUGUCACAUUGGUAGCUAUCUAUCUCUUGGCAGUACAUGUAUUUUCAUAUUUGUUUAAAUGUGAUUUAUUUUUGUUUAAAUGUGAGGCUAGUCAGAAAAGAACAUGUCUCGGCCUGGAGGCUACUAAAGAAGGCAUAGCCACAACCUGUGAAGUUCUAAACUGAUUUUGCACUAGGCUUUUGGGGGUUUUGGAAUAUACAGCCCCCUUUAUAAUAUCAUGAAUCAUAUUUUAUUUUUCUAUAGAGUAGAGGAACCUCUUUUGGAAUGCCAACAGACUGGUUGCCGUUUCUCUGUGCACAUUUCAAUGUCAUGUUGUCAUUCUGUUCCUGUAAAGCCUGCAAUAAAAUAAAACGAAUCUGUCAAAUGA